UUCUGCUUUGUCACUUGAACAGGGAAGUAGGAAGAAGUGGUGUAAAUAAAUUGAGUCCAACUUUCCUGUCAGUGCUGUAUCUGUUUAGGUUUCAGCCGGAACCUUUGCAAUUUGGUCACGGUGUCAUCAUCUUCACGAGAAAAUGAGCUCUCUCCCCCUUUCUCGCUCAGAGGUGUUUGGGGAGCUAAGGAAAGACCUAUAUGAUGAUGAAGAGUUUCGCCAGUCUGAUGUGCACAUAUUUAUCAUCAUGGGAGCAUCGGGUGAUCUAGCUAAGAAGAAAAUCUACCCAACUCUGUGGUGGCUGUACAGAGAUGGCCUCCUCCCUGAACAGACGUAUUUUGUUGGCUUUGCUCGAACUAACCUGACAGUUGAUGCUAUCCGAUCAGCUUGUUUGCCAUAUGCAAAGGUGCUAGACACAGAUGCAGAGCGUUUUUCAGCAUUCUUCAGCAGGAACACUUAUGUCAGGGGAGAAUAUGGGGAUGGGAGUUAUUUCUCCAAACUCGACACACAUCUUCUGUCUCUGCCUGGUGGACAUGAGGCCAACCGUCUUUUCUAUCUGGCCCUUCCACCCACCGUCUACCAUGAUGUUACCAAGAACGUCAAGCAUCACUGUAUGAGCAAAAAAGGCUGGAACAGGGUCAUUGUGGAGAAGCCAUUUGGACGUGACCUUCAAAGUUCUGAAGAGCUGUCCACUCACCUCUCCUCUCUGUUCAGCGAGGAACAGAUCUAUCGUAUUGAUCACUAUCUGGGGAAGGAAAUGGUCCAGAACCUCAUGGUGCUCAGAUUUGGGAACCGUAUCUUUGGUCCAAUCUGGAACAGGGACAAUGUGGCUUGUGUUGUCCUCACCUUCAAAGAACCAUUUGGAACUCAAGGACGAGGAGGCUACUUUAAUGACUUUGGCAUCAUCCGCGAUGUCAUGCAAAACCACUUGCUUCAGAUGCUGUGCCUGGUUGCCAUGGAGAAACCAGCUUCCACAAGCUCUGAUGAUGUCAGGGAUGAAAAGGUGAAGGUACUCAAGUGUAUUGCUCCAGUGUCCAUGUCAGAUGUGGUGCUGGGUCAGUACACAGGGGAUCCCGAGGGCGAGGGAGAUGCCAAACUGGGUUACCUCGAUGAUCCCACAGUACCUAAAGGGUCAACUCAGGCCACCUUUGCCACUGCCGUGCUCUAUGUUCACAAUGAACGCUGGGAUGGUGUUCCUUUCAUCCUUCGCUGUGGAAAAGCUCUGAAUGAGAGGAAAGCUGAAGUGCGGCUGCAAUUCACUGAUGUUCCAGGGGACAUUUUUGCUAAUCAGUGUCGCAGGAAUGAACUAGUGGUACGUGUGCAGCCUAAUGAGGCCGUGUACGCCAAGAUGAUGAGCAAAAAGCCCGGUGUGUAUUUCAGCCCUGAGGAGACUGAGCUGGACCUUACCUACAAGCGCAGAUACAAGGAUGUGAAGCUUCCAGAUGCUUAUGAACGCCUCAUCCUGGAUGUCUUCUGUGGCAGUCAGAUGCACUUUGUCCGCAGUGAUGAACUAAGAGAAGCAUGGAGGAUCUUUACGCCUCUUCUUCAUCAGAUAGACCAAGAGAAGCCCGCACCCAUUCCUUACAAAUACGGAAGCCGUGGCCCAACAGAAGCUGAUGAGCUUGUAAAGAAAGUAGGCUUUCGCUAUGAGGGCACUUACAAAUGGGUCAGUCCUCAUAGACUUUAAACUGAGAUGAGGGAGCAGUAGAGGUAGGGCAGUUUGACAGGUGCAGCAGGGUAAGUGAGACACAUCUUGGAGUAGUGCACCAUCUUUGCUGUGUCCACUAUAAGUACUACGGAGCCUUUUCUAUGGAUCAUACCAUUCCACGUAGCAAUAGAGCAUCAAGAAACAAUUUGUAUUAAAAGAAAAGUGUGCCUAAGGUAUACAAAAUUUU